GUCUCCACUCUCACAACUCGCAUCGAUCUAAUCCAACAACCUCGACCUACCUCGACACAGCCAGGCGGGAUAGAAUUCGAUAACCAUGUCUUGGUGCGUAUUCAAGAAGGCUGCGUCCCGUGCGGGCACGCAGCUCAUGCAGAAGACUGGACAGGUCGAGAAGACUGUCGACCACGACUUCCAGGAGCAGGAGUCCAAGUACCGGACAAUGGAGAAGGAGUGCACCAGCCUGCAAAAGGACGCAAAGACGUACCUUGAUGCCAUUCGCACCAUGGCCUCGUCGCAAGGUCGUAUCGCCGAGACCAUCUCGCUCUUCUACACCGCCGACAAGUCGAGUGAAGGAGCGAUGGCUGGUCACGCCUACAAGGCGUCGGUCGACGAGCUCGACAAUGUUGUCAACCGUGACUUGGAUGGUCCUCUUCGCGCCACUGUCCUCGAGCCAGUCGGCAAGCUCAACAGCUACUUCAGCAAUGUCAACUCUGCGAUUGACAAGCGCAACCACAAGCUGAUCGACUACGACUCAACGCGGGCAAAGGUCCGAAAGCUCGUCGAGAAGCCCGCCGACGACACGACAAAGCUGCCCAAGGCGCAGCAGGAGCACGACGAGGCGCGCGAAAUCUACGAGUUACUCAACAACCAGCUGAUCGAGGAGCUUCCCCAACUCGUCGAGCUCCGUAUCCCCUACCUGGAGCCAUCGUUCGAGGCCAUGGUCCGCUGCCAGCUGCGUUUCGCCGAGGAGGGCUACGAGAAGCUGUCAGGUGUCCAGAGGUACUUCAACGACAACAUUCGCGACGACUACGCCAACGGCCAGCUGGAUGCGCAGGUUGAGGGUGUGCUUGGAGAGAUGAAGGAGCUCGCCAUCUACGGCGCUUAGAAGCCUGCUAGAUGAGCUGUGCGACGCCACAUCCGUCGAGGUAUCAGGAUGUUGUAUUCAUGAGAAGCUAUACAAGAGAUGAGCGUUUAAAGAUGG